AUGUCGUCGCGCGGACCUCGCCUCGACCGCCACGUCGUGCGCCGGUCGGACCUCCUCCCCGUCCCAACGAUCUGCGGCGGCGCCGGCUGGGCGUGUAUAUGCACAUGCUAUAACCCACCUUCCCCGCCGCCACACUCCUCUCCUCAGAUCCAAUCCCCAUGCGGCACACGCCCUCCCGUUGACCACUGCCCUAGAGCGCGCGACCCCAUCUCCACGGCAGCGCGGAGGAGGAGCUCGUCCUCCCUCCGCCGAUCCAGCUUCGAGCCCCGCCCUAGCGACUGGAUCUACGCCAACAACCUCCUGCCUCGCCUCAACCUUAGGAGGAUCGCAGCCUCGGUGGCUGUGCUCGAGGCACUGCUGCUACGGCAGUGGCGGGCUGGCCUGCGGCUCGAGGAGGCCGACCUAUUCCUCGUCCCCGUCUAUGUGUCCUUCAACUUCUCCAAUCCCAUGGGGCUCCAGUCGCCGGCGCACACGCGCGGGGUGUUCGCCGAGACCGUCGACCUCGUCCGGGCCGAGCUGACCUACUGGAACCGCUCCAACGGGUCAACCACGUCUUUGUCGCGUGGCACAACUUUGGCGCCUGCUUCCUUCGCAUGGCCUAAGAAAUUUGAAGUACUGUAAAGCCAUGCAAAGCCCUGUCUGCAUGUAGUGCCAUAUCUAGUAGAGGUGCCUCCUGCAAUGUCGAGCAGCACGGCAAACACUACAUGUUUCCAAGGCAACCAUGAUUGGCAUCAACCGCACAACAAGGCCCCAAGACCCAAAGGAGCCUUCAUGCUUUAGUUGUGCGCUAGAAUGCAUCAACCUUGGCCACGUUACCACAUUCUGUUUGGUGUCUAUGACGUGACUUUUGAUCAUUUCCGUGCUUGCAUGAUCCUUAUCCAACGA